UUGACAGAGAAAAUAAACACACAACACAAGAAAAACAACAUUGGAGUUUCCUCAACCAAAAUCGCCACAAUCGCUUCGGAGCUUCCUAAGAUCAUCGUGUUUCUUGUCUUUCAUCUCUUCUGGCUUAUGUCUCUCUCCACUUCACUUUCUUCUCUUCCACAUAGUACAAUUUAAACUUUCAUUCAUAUAUAAAUUUCUUCACUUUCUUCUAUUUGUAUUUGUAUUUGUAUAGCAUAAUUUGUAGCACUUUGGUUUGGUUGGUGUUGUUGUUGUUGUUGUAAAUGGCAAAUGCAUCUGGCUUGUUUUCUACUCCUUCCGUUCCUAACUUCACUCUAAGGGUUCGUCCUUUCUCUUCAAUUCAUCGAUUUCAAGGUUUCUCCGCCAAGGUUUUUUGCUCUGGAACUGUCGAAGGAGCUCAGAACUAUGCUCCCCCAACCCAAUCUCCAAUACCCAGGCUUGUAAGUCAAGGGUGCAAGUUGGUUGGAUGUGGUUCUGCUGUGCCUGCUCUUCAGAUUUCGAACGACGAGCUUUCGAAAAUUGUUGAUACUAAUGAUGAAUGGAUAUCUGUUCGCACCGGGAUUCGAAGACGACAUGUUAUUGCCGGUGGAGAUAGCUUGAUAUCAUUAGCGGCAGAUGCGGCUAAGAAAGCACUUGAGAUGGCAAAGGUUGAUCCUGAUGAUAUUGACCUUAUAUUGAUGUGCACGUCGACACCAGAGGAUCUUUUUGGGAGCGCGCCACAGAUUCAAAAACAACUUGGCUGCACGAAAAAUCCAUUGUCUUAUGAUAUUACGGCUGCUUGUAGUGGAUUUGUGUUGGGUUUAUUAUCAGCUGCUUGUCACAUUAGGGGGGGUGGAUUUCGUAAUGUUCUAGUUAUCGGAGCUGAUGCUCUUUCACGAUAUGUUGAUUGGACAGACAGAGGAACCUGUAUUCUGUUCGGCGAUGCUGCUGGCGCUGUAGUAGUACAGGCAUGUAACAGCGAGGAAGAUGGUUUAUUCGGUUUUGACGUGCAUAGUGAUGGUAAUGGUAUAAGGCAUUUGAAUGCUGGUAUUAAAGAAAACGAGUCAAAUAGUGCAUUGGAUUCAAAUGGUUCUGUGCGGAGUUUUCCUCCCAAGCAGUCCUCGUAUUCGUGCAUUCAAAUGAACGGAAAAGAAGUCUUUCGGUUUGCUGUUCGAUGUGUUCCCCAGACGAUCGAAUCCGCUCUUCAAAAGGCUGGUCUCCCUGCAUCUAGCAUUGAUUGGUUACUUCUCCAUCAGGCAAACCAAAGGAUUAUCGAUGCAGUUGCGACACGGUUAGAAAUCCCUUCAGAACGAGUGAUAUCGAAUUUGGCUAACUACGGUAACACAAGCGCAGCUUCCAUUCCUCUGGCGUUAGAUGAAGCAGUUAGAAGCGGAAAAGUUAAAGCAGGCCAAACUAUUGCAACCGCUGGUUUUGGCGCUGGUCUUACUUGGGGUUCAGCAAUUGUUCGUUGGGGCUAAAUCGCGCCAACGUUGCAUUAGCAAAUAGAGAAGAUUUUCAAGUGCAAGUGCAAGUGAAACUAAGUAAACCUGAUUUCUUGAAACAUAUUGGUGAGUUAGCACAAGGAUAAUAACCAGAACAUCCAGCACCUCCACAACAUCAACAUUGCUCCUUUUUUUUUGUCUUCAAUUCAUAUAUUGUUAUUGGUCUUGUUUUUUCAAAUACCAUUUUUUUUGGGAUGUGUAUUUGUUAUUUAGAUUUAUUUGAAAUUAAAAGAGGCUUAUUAUUUGGCAUAUUUAUGAAUUGUUAUUGUAAACAACAUUACAGUAUGGAGAGUUGAUGCUUCAUUGUACUCUAGACAAUAUUUUCAACAGUCAA